AUGCUAGAAUGAUUCGUUGAUCGGUAUAAUAUAUAUAUAAGUCGCAGUCUUAGAAUAUUCAGGACAUACAUAAAAGAUAGCUCGCAAAUUAAAAUUGAUAAUGCUAUAAUCAAUCUGGCACGAAUGCUUUAUGAUAUUCAUAAAAAGCCUGUUUUAGAGAUCUAAAAUUCCUAAAAUAAGUUUCAUUAUGAAAUUUAAAUUGUUAUUUGUCUCUUCCUACUCUUUUUGGUAAAAUCUAGCACUAAUUUGCUGAUGAGGCUAGUGCUGCUAUUGUGCUGCUAGUGUUGCUAUUGUGUUGCUGGUGUUGUUAUUAUUAUAUUUCUAGUGUUGCUAGUGAGCUAGUGUUGCUAGUUAAGCUACUGUUGCUAGUGAGCUACUGUUGCUAGUGAAGCUAGUGGAGCUACUGUUGCUAGAGUUGCUAGUGUUGUUUAGAGUUGCUAGCGGUGCUAGUGAAGCUGGCGAUUCUAGAGUUUCUAGUAUUGAUUCUAGAGUUUCUAGUAUUGUAGUGGUGUGGUGCUAGUGGUGUUGAUUCUAGAGUUGAGAGUAGCUAGUGUUGUAGUGGUACUAGUGGUGCUAGUGGAUGAAUAUGACAGGCCAAUUAAUGACUUCAUUAAUAAAAAUGGUGAAAGAGAUAUUGCUGCUAAUUUUGGAUGAUUUCUGAAUCUGCUAUGUAAAGACCUGCCAAAGUUUAUUGAUAAAUCAAUCUUCACUGGGACUCUUAAAAUCGCACAUAAUAAACUUUCAUCAAGCAUGAGAAAUUUAAAGGCAUACACAAUUCAAAAUGAUUUUCUCUACGCAGAUUGCUUCGGAUUUACAGAGGCAGAAGUAACUGAAUUGCUUAGAAAAAAUUUAUAUUAUGAAUCUGAAGGAGAUUUUAAAGAGCAAAUUAACAUAAUUAAGACGUGAUAUAAUGGCUACAAUGUUGGCAAGAUACGAAUAUACAAUCCUUGAUCAAUAACGAAUUGCUUGCAGGCUGUAAGUGAGAAAUCUGAUUUUCCACUUCGACCUUACUGAAUAAAUACAGGUAUCUACGAUAUAUUGAUGUCUGCAUUUAGUAAUUUGGAAAAUUUUAAUGAAUUAUAUAAUAUAAUGAAAACUGGGUACCUCACUUUGAAUCCAAAACUUCCUGACGAGAUACAUUUCGGAGACAUGAAAGAGAUAAAAAAUAACUUUUUUGGCUGUCUGCUGCAUUGUGGAUAUAUAACACCUAAUAUUGAUGACAAAAAGCGGCAAACUUAUGUUAUCCCGAAUAAAGAAACAAAAAGAGACUUCUACGAAUAUUUGCUUCAAAAGUGAAUUAAUGAAAAAACUGGAGAGAACAGAAUCAAUGUUGAUGGGACGGCAAAAGAAUUUAUUGAAAACUUGGGGAAUUGCGAAAAACUUCAAAACCUAAUUCAAGAUGAGUUGCUUGACAAUUUUAAAGAAAGUGAUUAUAGAACUGAAGCAGAUUUUCAGACUUUGGUGGGAGGUAUCGCGAUGCUUGCUUCAAUUAAAAUUGAUAACUCUGCAUGGACAGUAUACUCAGAAAGGCCUAACGAUUCCAGGAACAAAGCGGAUGCAAUUUUUCUUCCAGUAGCCAAUUUGAGCAGUACUAUAAUUAUACAUGAGUAUAAAAAAUUCGAUCGGUUGAGUAUCGAGAAUGCUCAAGUUCAUGCUACAAAUGCUCUCUGGCAAAUUUUUGUUAAAAAAUAUAUGGAUAUUGCUAUUUCAUUAUAUAAAAACAGCAGAGAUCAUCAGUAUUUUAAAAGCAUAAUUGUUCGAGGGAUUGUCUUUUAUCGAGUUGAUCUGCAAAAAAAAUGAAGCAUAUUGAUUCAGGAAAUUGGGCCAUUUAGCAUGGAGCAAGCUAUAAAUAUAAACACAUGAUUUACUCAAGGAUGUCGAGUUAUAAACAAAUUAAGGUUAUGUGGUGGAGACGGAUCGAAAGAUAUGAUAAUUAAGGAAAGACAAAAGCUUGGUGAUGAAAAUUUAGAAAUCUUAAUUGAAAAACUUAUCACAGACUAUCCUACUUUAGACUAUUUGAAGCGGAAAGAACAGAAAAGAGCUUCCAAUCCUGCUGAGGAUAACUACAAAUCGAAGAGAUUAAGUGGAACAUAG